CUGCCCGCCCCCCCCCCCCCCCCCCCCCCCCGUUCCCGGGAGGAGCCGCCAGCAAAGAUGUCCCGGUCCAACCGGCAGAAGGAAUACAAAUGCGGGGACCUGGUCUUUGCCAAGAUGAAGGGUUACCCCCACUGGCCUGCCCGGAUUGACGAGAUGCCGGAAGCUGCAGUAAAAUCCUCCUCCAAUAAAUACCAAGUCUUCUUCUUUGGGACCCACGAAACGGCAUUCCUGGGGCCCAAAGACCUCUUCCCCUAUGAAGAAUGCAAGGAGAAGUUCGGGAAACCCAACAAACGGAAAGGGUUCAGCGAAGGUUUGUGGGAGAUCGAGAACAACCCCACCGUCAAAGCCUCUGGCUACCAGCCCACCCAGAAGAAGAGCUGCCCUGAGGACGCCGAGCCGGAGCGGGAGCCGGAGGGCGACGGGGAGAAGAAGGGCAAUGCGGAGGGCAGCAGCGAUGAGGAGGGGAAGCUGGUGAUUGACGAGCAGUCCAAGGAAGGGAUCAAGAGGAAAGCGGAAGAUGCUUUGGAGCUUCCCCCCUGCACAGGACUCCCCAAACGCACCAAGGAGGCAGAGGGGCAGGAAGGGGAGAAGAAGGUAGACAACGAAGAGGCCCCCAAGGAAGAGCUGAAACCCAACCCAGCCGAAGGUGAGAAGAACAGUGAUGCUGCCGGCGUGCCGGACGCCAACGAAACCAAGCAGGAGGGCAAGGAGAAGGCGGGCACGGAGGAGGUCAGAGACCACAAGGAGAGGUGA